AUGGCGACGUAUGCAAGCGCGUCCUACAACCCAUGGGCUCCUCGGCUUCACGACCGCUAUCAAAAGCAUCUGGAUGCCCCAUAUGAGAAGCUUCCCGACCUUCGGCUCAAUUUUACUCACUCCGUUUUUCCGUGUGCCACCUUCAACUUUGGUGGCAGUGUUUGGACCUUCAAGCAUCGCGACAUCCUUAACUGCCCCUAUGGCUGGUGCGCCCUUACUACCCUUGGUCGCUCUGACCAUAGGCGGGGCGGACAUAUCCUAUGGGAGCUCAAGAUCUUCAUUCAGUUCCCUCACGCAUCCACCAUUUUUAUUCCUUCAGCCACCAUUACCCAUUCCAAUAUUCCACUGGCUGCCGGGGAUAGCCACAUCUCCUUUACUCAGUUUUUUGCAGGUGGCAUAUUGCGCUGGGUGGACAAUGGGUUUCGGACAGAAAAAGGGAUGAAAGUGAAGCGUUGGCAGAUGGGUCUGGGCUUGUUAUCUACGUUGGAUCAGAUUUUGGAGCUGUAUUGA